AUGGCCAUGGUUGCACGGACUCCGUGUGUGGGGGUGCUGAUCCUGGUGACCCUCUUUGGGUGCGGGCUCAUAAAUGUUGCCGACUCGUUGACUAUCGAGCAGAUCGGCAGGCGGGUUCCAGAGCCCCUUUGGAAUCAAACUAGGAUUAGUCUCCGCCGAUACUCCGACGCUAGUGAAAGUCUGUCGGGCCCCAUCCCCCGCGAGCUCGGCAGCCUGACCAACCUCACUUACCUGGACCUCUCCAACCACAACCUCUCCGGGCCCAUCCCCCCGGAGCUCGGUAACCUGACCAACCUCGUCUUCUUGGCCCUCUCCGAGAAUAGACUCUCUGGGCCCAUCCCCCCGGAGCUUGGCAACCUGACCAACCUCACUUACUUGGAGCUCGCCCCCAAUAGCCUCUCCGGCCCCAUCCCCCCGGAGCUCGGCAGGCCCCCGGCAGGCCGACCAAACUUACCCAGAUCCACCUCACUCCUAAAUACGGCUUUUCUGCUUGGCAGGCUGACCAACCUCAGCCAGCUAAUCCUUGACAACAACAACCUCUCCGGCCCCAUCCCCUCGGAGCUCGGCAGCCUAGUGACUAAGCUCUACCACCUCUUCCUUGACAACAACAACCUUUCCGGCCCAAUACCCCCGGAGCUUGGCAACCUGACCAAGCUUUACAACCUCUACCUUUCGAACAACAGCCUCUCCGGCCCCAUCCCCCCGGAGCUCGGCAGCCUGACCAACCUCAACACCCUCUACCUUUCGAACAACAGCCUCUCCGGCCCUAUCCCCUCCGAACUCGGCAAUCUGACCAACGUCGGGUACCUGUACCUUUCCAACAACAGCCUCUCCGGCCCCAUCCCCCCGGAGCUUGGCAACUUGACCAAGCUUUACUACCUCUUCCUUGACAACAACAACCUCUCCGGGCCCAUUCCCCAGUGGCUUGGCAGACUGUCUAGUCAAGGUCUACGUCUCUCCAACAACAGCCUCUCCGGGCCAAUACCCCCAUCCCUUCACACAAGCGGUUACAAGGGGAGUUUUUAUCCUGGAAACCUGGAGUUGUGUUGCAACGGUUGUUACAUCGCCCCACCAGCUCGAGAGCGGACUUCGGGAGUGGUGGAGCGGCUCCUCAAAGUGGCGACGGGUAUGGUUAGGGACGGGAGAAUCCGGAAACAUUGGUCGACCCGGCUCUCGGGAAUGACUACGAUGCGGAGGAAGCGCAAAAGAACAUCCACGUCGCGCUAGCUUCCCUGCGGUUAGACCUGGCGGCGAGGCCCAGCAUGGAAGGCGUGGGCUCGCAGCUUGAGCUGGCGUCGGUAGUUGAUCAGACCGUUUUUAGCGAUAAGAGACGAAGUCUUCCGGGGGGGGUUUUAGGGGUUUCGGGUAACGGGA